AUGGAGCCUGACAGGUUAAACUCCCCCACUACAUUUACCAUGAACUUAGAAGUUUUGGGCCAUGACUUACAGUUCGCUCAGGAUCCAAAUUCAAAGCAUUUAGGAACUACGGUUUGGGAUGCAUCACUGGUGUUUGUGAAGUUUCUGGAAAAGAAUUGCAGAAAGGGAAGGUUCUCCCCAGCUAAACUUAAAGGAAAACGUGUCAUUGAACUUGGAGCAGGUUGCGGAGUAGCUGGGUUUGGCAUGGCAUUACUGGGUUGCGAUGUGGUUACAACAGAUCAAGUGGAGGUUUUGCCAUUGCUAAUGAGAAAUGUUGAACGGAAUACUUCAAGGAUCACACAAAUGAAUUCUGACUCGUUUGGUUCAAUCGAGGCAGCGGAGUUGAGCUGGGGAGAUAAGGAUCACAUAAGAGCUGUUGGUUCACCAUUUGACUACAUUAUUGGCACUGAUGUUGUGUAUAAAGAAAAUCUCUUGGAACCACUGUUGCAGACAAUAUUUGCAUUAUCAGGGCCUAAAACUACAAUUUUGAUUGGGUAUGAGAUUCGGUCUACAAGUGUCCAUGAGCAAAUGCUUCAAAUGUGGAAAAGAAACUUCGAUGUGAAAACUGUUCCAACUUCUAAGAUGGACAGUACCUACCAGCAUCCAGAUAUUCAACUUUACAUUAUGACAUUAAAGCCUCUGGAGGGGUAUGCAGACAACGCAGUUGAGGUGAUUGAUGAGAAAGACGAUGAAGUGGAGACUGGAGAGGAAGAAGCGGCUAAGGUGAUUGAUCAGAAAGUUGAUGAAGUUGGGACAAGUGCAGAAAACACAGUUAAGGUGAUCGGUGAGAAAGAUGAUCAAGUCGAAAUCAGCAAGGAAAAAGGUGAAAACGGUUCUCUUGAUGAAGAGGUUGAAGAAGAUUGUGAGCCAGUGACAAGACCUCAGAGUGGUAAACUUACUGAUUGGGAAGCUAGAAGAUAUGGCUCAAUGGCUGCAAGACUUCUGCACGAUAUCAAAAUUACUUAG